AUGUAUUUAUUUUAUUUACUUUCUUUACUCUCUGGUUUUGGUCUUUACAAGAUCGUGAGCUUCCUCCGUAAAGUACAGCAAUACCGCGAAGAAGCUUCAAAGCGAGCAUGUUUUCCACCACCAACUCUUCGUAGUACCAAUUUUCUCGGCACUUCCGUUCUUAAAGAGUCAUUAAAAGCGACAAAAGAAGAUCGAGGCCCGCAAUUCAUCGUCGAGGCCAUGGAUAGAGUCGGCAAGAAUGUACAUACUCUUCGAGUUCCGGUCCUCUAUUACGAGAUGCUAGUGACUCGCGAUCUAGAAAAUAUCAAAGCUAUCUUUAGCACUUCUAGCGCCGAUUGGGACAUCAGUACCACACGUGCAAAUGCAUUUAUGCCUCUUCUUGGUGAAGGGAUCUUCACGUCCCGAGGAUUGAAAUGGAAGCAUUCACGAGCGAUUGUCCGACCGCAGUUCAACAAGGGAGAGGUUCUAACCUGGAGCUUAUCGACAAUCACGUUCAGGCACUCAUUCGAAUAUUAA